AUGGAGAGGUACCUCAGAGACAACUUUUACGUUCAGCCCAAGCGCCCUACCUCCGACGCCCUCCGCCGAUGGAGGUCCGCCGUCGCCGUCGUCAAGAACCCCCGCCGCCGAUUCCGUAUGGUCGCCAAUCUCGCCCAACGCGCCGAAGCCGAACAGAAGCGCAAGAAGAGUCAGGAAAAGGUCAGGGUGGCUCUCUAUGUGCAAAAAGCAGCAUUGCAAUUCAUUAGCGCUGGAAGCCGUAGUGCUGAGUACAUGCUCUCCAAAGAGGUACAAGAAGCGGGUUUUGGAAUUGAGCCAGAUGAAUUAGCGGAAAUUGUUCGUUCCCAUGACACCAAAUCUUUGGACCGCAAUGAAGGAGUUGAAGGUUUAGCUAAGCGUGUUUGUGUGUCUCUUCAAGAUGGCAUUCAUUCACAGGAUAUUUCACACAGACAGAAGAUCUUCGGUUGUAAUCAGUACACAGAGAAGCCGCAAAGAAGCUUCUGGAUGUUUGUUUGGGAUGCAAUGCAAGACUUGACACUCAUGAUCCUCAUUGUCUGUGCUGUGAUUUCAGUAGGUGUUGGAAUAUCAACGGAAGGUUUUCCAAAAGGUAUGUAUGAUGGAGUUGGAAUUAUACUUUGCAUUCUGUUAGUGGUAUUUGUCACUUCAAUCAGUGACUACAGACAGAGUUUGCAAUUCAAAGAUUUGGAUAAAGAAAAGAAGAAUGUCAGAAUCCAAGUCACAAGAGAGGGUAAAAGACAGAAGGUUUCGAUUUAUGAACUUGUGGUGGGAGACAUAGUUCAUCUUUCAAUAGGAGAUGUAAUCCCUGCAGAUGGAAUUUUCAUAUCAGGUUUCAGCUUGUUGAUUGAUGAAUCAAGCUUAUCCGGUGAGAGUGAAGCAGUGCAUGUUGAUCAUGAGAAGCCUUUUCUUCUAUCAGGGACAUCCGUUCAAGAUGGUUCUGCAAAGAUGCUAGUGACUUCUGUUGGUAUGAGAACUGAAUGGGGAAAACUGAUGGAUACUUUGAAUGAAGGAGGUGAUGACGAGACACCACUUCAGGUCAAGCUCAAUGGUGUUGCUACAAUUAUAGGAAAGAUAGGACUUGGUUUUGCAGUCCUAACAUUCCUGGUUUUGACUGGAAGGUACUUGUUGGAGAAAGUAAAACAUCAGGAGAUUGCUCAUUGGUCCAUGGAUGAUGCAUCAAAGCUUCUCAAUUUCUUUGCCACUGCUGUGAUCAUAAUUGUUGUGGCAGUUCCUGAGGGACUUCCUUUGGCAGUCACACUAAGCCUUGCGUUUGCAAUGAAGAAACUUAUGAAUGAUAAGGCACUUGUAAGGCACCUUUCGGCAUGCGAAACGAUGGGCUCGGCCGGCUGUAUCUGCACGGAUAAGACAGGAACCUUGACGACAAAUCACAUGGUUGUUGACAAGUUAUGGAUAUGUGAACAAACUAAGGCAGUAAAAAAGGGUGAUGGUGAGAGUGUCUUGAAGAAUUUUGUUCCUGAAGAGAUAUUUGAUCUCUUUCUGCAGUCUAUAUUUCAGAACACAGGCUCUGAGAUUGUCAAAGGGGAGGAUGGUAAGAACAAGGUCAUGGGAACUCCCACGGAAACGGCAUUGUUGGAAUGCGGAUUGAUGUUAGGAGGUGAUUCUAAAUCUUACAAUGACAAGUACAAGAUAAUGAAGGUUGAGCCUUUCAAUUCUGAGAAAAAAAAGAUGUCUGUGCUUGUGGCCCUUCCUGAUGGCACCAUCAACAAGUCUAGAGCAUUUUGUAAAGGAGCAUCAGAAAUAGUUCUCAAGAAUUGUAACAAGGUUAUUAAUGCAGAUGGGAAAGUGGUGGAUUUGAAUGAAGAACAGAGAAAGAGCAUCAUAGAAGUAAUAGAUGGUUUUGCUUGUGAGGCUCUGAGAACACUCGGUAUUGCCUUCAAGGAUAUGGAAGGAUCUUCUUCUGAAAGUAAUGGCAUCCCUGAGGAUAACUACACAUUCGUAGCAAUUAUUGGAAUCAAGGAUCCAGUGAGACCUGGAGUUAAAGAAGCUGUGAAGACUUGUUUAGAAGCUGGAAUCAAUGUUAGAAUGGUAACUGGUGAUAACAUAAACACUGCUAAAGCCAUUGCUAAAGAAUGUGGCAUCUUGACAGAUGGAAUUGCUAUUGAGGGACCAGAAUUCAGGAAUAAAAGCCAGCAGGAGUUGGAGGAGAUCAUACCAAAACUCCAGGUGAUGGCUAGGUCCCUGCCUCUUGACAAGCACAAAUUAGUAACCCAUUUGAGGAAUGAUUUUAAUGAAGUUGUGGCAGUGACAGGUGAUGGGACCAAUGAUGCUCCAGCAUUACAUGAGGCUGAUAUUGGACUCGCCAUGGGUAUUGCAGGGACAGAGGUUGCAAAAGAGAAUGCGGAUGUGAUUGUAAUGGACGACAACUUUGCCACCAUAGUGAAUGUUGCCAAAUGGGGUCGUUCUGUUUAUAUAAACAUACAAAAGUUUGUUCAGUUCCAAUUAACAGUCAACGUUGUAGCUCUCAUGCUAAAUUUUGUUUCAGCAUGUGUCUCAGGCUCUGCUCCUCUUACCGCUGUUCAAAUGCUUUGGGUGAACAUGAUCAUGGACACACUUGGCGCAUUGGCAUUGGCUACUGAACCUCCCCAUGGUGGACUCAUGAAGAGACCACCUAUUGGAAAGGACACCAAAUUCAUAACCCCUGUCAUGUGGAGGAACAUAAUUGGUCAGAGUAUUUAUCAAACUAUUGUCCUGUUGCUACUCAAAUUUCGCGGCAAACAGAUUCUCAAGCUCAGUGAUUCUGAUUCUACCCUACUCAAUACUGUCAUAUUCAACGCCUUUGUGUUUUGCCAGGUGUUCAACGAGAUAAAUAGCCGUGACAUGGAAAAGAUAAAUGUUGUAAGAGGCAUGUUGAGCAGCUGGGUAUUCCUUGUGGUGAUAGCAUCAACAGUUACAUUUCAAGUGGUAAUAGUUGAGUUUUUAGGAACAUUUGCACAAACAGUGCCACUGAGUAAGGACUUGUGGUUAUUCAGCGUGUUAAUUGGUGCGGUUAGUUUAGUGAUAGCUGUUGUCCUAAAAUGCAUUCCUGUUGGUACCACUGAUUCUCAUUAUCAACCUGCUUCUCAUGAUGGCUACGAGCAGCUACCAAGUGGACCUGACAUGGCAUGAACCAUCACACUAUGAUCUUCAUUAUAAGCUUUCAUAAUGAAGAUAUAUCAUAAAUUCCUCUUACGCAUUUCUCUCCAUCCCAAUUCCAAUUUUUUUUGGUGCACUCUCAUUCUUUUUUAUUAGGGUAGCCAUCACUUUCGGAAGUUUAUAAGAAAUGAAAGAAAAAAAAAAUCCAUGGUGCUGUAAUUUUGUAGUAAACUUUGUAUUGGACUGAAAUUAUUAGGGGUUUAAGGUUA